AUGAUAUUUCACUUGAUAAUACUGACGACCACGUCAUUAUUUUCGCAAGUGAAAUGCAGGACUUACGUUCCGGAAAAAUAUUUUGUGGAUCAUAAUCUGAAUCGUCGACAGACAAACAAUCCUGGGUACAAUCCUACAGAACAGCGACAAAUAGUAUUCGUUGACAAAGGACAAUACCCAAAUGGAUGGAAUGAAAAUAUUAUGAAAGGAUAUUAUCGUUCGCCAAUAAUAUUUUCAGACAAAGGGCCAGUAACAAUUAACUACAGAGGUAUUCACAGCGGUCCGAAACAACCACCGGACGGAUAUAAAAACUCCUGUCCAAUAGUAAUUUCGUCUCAAGGUAAGGUUACGGUGAACUACGACGACAGUCAGGACGACGUAGCGCCGCCAAGUAACCAGGACAUUUGCCAGUUGACCAACACCAUGGUCGAGCUUCCGAGUGGUAUAGUUCUGCCAUAUAUGAAAUUCAAGACCAUCAGUCCUUAUCUGCUAGCUGAAGACCAAAAAUCGGAUAUCCUAGUUAUACUUGGCAACAAAAACAUGACGUACAAACAGUUCCAAGAAACUUUGCGGCAUUACGGUUGCGGUGAUCUAGAGGACUCGCCGAGACCGUCGGAAAUCGGCUCGACCGACUACGUCACGUUGGCCAACGGUACGCUGAAAGCGGAAAUGGACGACUACCGAAACAUAGUGAGCAGCUUAACUUCGGGAUCGGAAACGUUAAUGGUGCCUAACGUCGUUAGCGGAAAGUAUUCGGUGUACCGUUCUCUCAUAGCGGACGAAUUGCCGGAGUUGAGAGAUUCGGCAUUUGUCAUCACGCACGAAGGAAUCGUAGUGCCGUUUUCGUUGUACUACGCCGUGGACAGAGAACAUUUCCAAAGGCCGCCGACGGCUGCAGUUGUUCCCUGCAAGGUUCAGCAGAUCAAAUGGGGCGACGGAAAACUAGUGGACGUGCAGACAGUGAGACACGUGAUCGACGCCCUUAGGACUCCGACGAUGAUCAGCUUCGUUUUCCCGAAUGGGAAACGCAUGCCGUUCGUCCGGUGUAGCUUGAAAGAGCCAACCGACUCAUACGAUUUCGAUCCGGAAAAAGUGAUGGUGGACGUGGGCCAGUGCAAAAACGUUCUAUUGUCACAUUUCAACGACAUCCUUAAGGCUGUGCAUAUUCCUGACGACGACUGUAAGAACAAACGGUUUAAUAAUCCUGUAGUGUUCGCGUUGGAUCCAAAGUGUCUGAAUACGACCGAUAUUUAUAAUGUGACGGGCCCCGUGAAUCCCCAAACUAAUAAUAAUUGCACGAAUAUUUUAAAAGCUUACACCGAAUGCAAUUGCAAACAAAUUUUAAAAACUAAUGAAACAAAAAGUAUGAUUAACAUUAAAAAUACGCCAACUGACGAUUCAAAGAAUCCACCGUGUUCGAAUGAAUCGACAAAAAAUCAAACUGUUACUGGAUGCAACGAAAACCUUACAACGAAUGAUAAUAAAAACCAAACAACAGAUACUGUAAUUACAACUAUAGUUACCCAGAACAACACAGAACUUGUGAAUACCACUAGCAACCCAAGUAUAUGUGGAAAAAUGGACAACAUAACUACUAUAGAGUCCAAAAAUAAUGCUACUGAAAACCCAGACUGUACAGAAAUAUAUAUUAAAAAUGAACAAAAUAGUUCUAGUCCAAUUACUGAAGGCAAUAAAAUGCCUAUAGUUAAAAGCAACAAUGACCAAACUGAAACUAAGAACACAAUGGUAAGUCCACCAAACCUUACGUCAAAAAAUACGACCAAUUCAAAUACUACCACUACUAUCAACCCUAACCAGGCAACAAUGACUUCAACUCACCAAAAUUCUUCUAAUCCAGUUUCUGGAUACAAAGAAGAACCUACAAUGAACGACAACAAUCAAUACCAAACAGAAACUAAAAACACAACAACAAUUCCAAACUUUGUGAAUAAUACCAGUAGUUCAAAUAUUACGAACCCAAAUAAAAAAUAUGAACCCAACAGCACUAGCAACAGUUCUGUAACUACGGAAACUAGAAAUAAUACUACUAACGAUCAAAAUAAUUACCAAAACAGUUCUAAUCCAGUUAUUGAAGGCAAAACAAUCCCUAUAACGACUGCAGGCAACAAUAACCAAACUGAAACUAAGGAUACGACUAUUAUAAGUGCACCGAAUAUUACUGAAAAUACGACUGGUCCGAAUAAUACUAAUACAGAUAAAAUAUAUGCACAUAAUGAAACCAGCAACAAUGCCGUAACUACGGAAAUUAGAAAUAAUAAUACUACUGAUCCAACCCUUACUGCAGUAGUACCGGAUAAUCGUCAAAACGAUUCUAAUCCAGUGAAUAGAACUAAUGAAAUACCAGCAGUAACCAAUGGCAACCAUUACCAAAAUUCAACAGAAACUAUAAACACAACAGCAAGUACGCCGGAUUCAACGGAAAAUACGAAGGUCGGGUCAAAUGAGGGCAGAAAAGACAAUGAUACUUAUACCGGAAGUAAUGAAACCCCCAGUGUCAACAAUACCGCAGAAACGAUACAGACUUCUGGCGCUACCAGAGCAUCCGACGGUGCAGAUGACGUAGGACCUAUGGAAAAUGGCGAAAAAAUUCCCGAAACGAAUACCACUGGAAUCGACGAUGAAACGCCAGAUAUCGCAUACAACAGCACAAUGACUGGGAAGAAGGAAACAAAUCAACCCACUCCAAUCUAUACUGAAACCAUUAAAAGUCCUAACAACAAUUCCGUGACGAAUAACGCUACAAAAAUCAUAAACAUAGUCGUGUACUGA